UCUCUUGUCCGCUCGAAUGCAGCGCGCCACUUGUCUGUGCCAUGUGUGGCAAUGUGACCCAGCACGAUCGUGAUGGCAACCGCGUUAUAUCCACUUGGAUCAACUGAAUUUGCUUGUUCGCCUCGACCCUUUCUUCCUCUUCCUCCCCCACUUGACCAACGACUCUGGCCCGUUCAAAUUUCAAAUUGGAUCUGGCUCAGGACCAUUCCAACACGACUUUCUUUUGACCUAAUUCUCCCUUUAUCCUGCGGUGUUCAUGGGUCUCCCAGGCUUCUUUUCGACGCUCUUCGGCUUGAACCCGACUCCCACGACUAGUCUUCCCGUACAGACACCGCCAGUGACAACACCAGCGACGCAGCCCGUGACGUCGCCGGUGGUACCGCCUGUAAAGACCACACCCGUCUUGACAUCGGUGCAGACGCCCCCUAGUGUUCCAACGACCACUGUCACUCUUCCAGGCUUGGGACAGACCACUGCCCCAGUAGUAACAAGCACACCUGUCGUUACUACGCCCUCUGUUCCCCCGGUCGUGUCCACCGUGCCUGUGACAACCUCUGUGCCACCUGCUCUCCCAACGAGUGCCACUGCGGUGACGACACCUGUAUCCGUCAACACGAGCCCUCCUGCUACGACCACAACUGCCGAUGUUCCGCCUGCAGUGACCACUUCCCCGGCUGCAGUCCACACUGUGUCGAACACCGUGACGGUGGCGCCCGUUUCCUCGAGUUCUGCAAACUCAAGCACCAGUAACCUGAACACCAGUGACAACCACCCAACGAGCUUCCUGCAGAACAAGGCACUGUCUGGUGUCGUGUUCGCGCUGGUCGCCAUUGUCGGCGUUGUUCUCAUCUUCAUGGUGGUCACGUUCUUCUUGCGGCGACAGAGGAAGCGGCGGUUGCUCAACGAUGCUAUUUCGUUCGAUCCCAACUUGUUAUCGACGAAUGAGCAGCGGUAUGAGGCGUCGGAGAAGGGGCUGGCGCACUCCACGAACCCUAGCCUUGGGAAUGUUGGAGCGGCGCAGUCGAACGGAGCACCUGGAUACAGCACCUACGCUGAUCUGCCUCAGCCGUAUGGACCGAACUAUGGCCAGCGGCAGCAGCAGCAGCAGCAGCCCGAGUACUACGGCGGUCAACAAGAUUACUAUGGUGGAAUGCAAACCUAUGCUGCACCCCAUCAACAGGCACCACCCCCAUCGAACGAGUACUAUGGCCAAGGGCAGAACAACUUCGGACCCUCUGGACAGCCGUACUACUCGAACUAUGUCUCCCCCAUGGCUGAUGCCCCAGCGCCGGCUCUCGCUGGGACUGCCACGAUACCCCCCAACACGCGCAAUAUACCUCGUGUUCCGGUGCCAUCUCAACACCUGCCCGACUCAUUUGGCGAGACGGAGCAAGAUCGGCGCAAAAGUGUUGAAGAGGCCGAGUUCUGGGCGCGGACCCUGAAGGUCGCCAAUGAGUAGGCGCUAGUCGCACGGCCGCUCUGCGAGUGGUUCUGUAGACGCGAGAAUCGAAUGAAUGCAUAGCUAUCUUGUACUGACCAUCGCUUAUCUUUGUGUACUUGCUUUUUUCGUUCCCGUCCGAAUCGUCCUUGUAAUUCAGAACCUUGUUCCG